UCAAUCGUUGCAAUCCCACAGUGCACAAGUGCAUUUCCCAGCAGAAUCUGUUUUCCCAAUACUUCAGAGCUUGACAGCAGAAAGCCAACAUCAAACAAAAUGAAAUCCUUCAUCGCUCUGUGUGUCCUCCUGUUCGUUGCUGCCGUCUACGGAGCUGAGGAAACCAAGACGACCGAGAAGCGAGGAAUCUACGGGGGACUCGGCUACGGUUAUGGCGGAUAUGGUCUGAGUCACGCCGGAUACGGUCUGGGAUACGGUGGAUACGGUCAUGGUCUGGGCUAUGGAGGAUACGGAUACGGUGGAUACCCAGGCUACUUCGGACAUGGUGGAUACUACGGAGGAUUUGCUGGACACGGCUACCCAUACGGACUCGGAGGAUACUACGGAGGUCUGCACUAAAGAGGUGGUGUGUUCCAGCGAUGUUCGCGCAUCUCCAUGUGAUAUGGUCCCCAAACUAAGGCUGUUCCUUCCCAAUAACAACUCCCAACCCCGAAUCAUCCGACUUCUCUCGAAAACAACAUGAUCUUAAGUUUGUGUACUUUUGAGCCUAACCAAGAGGCGAAGACUUACGAAUGAAUCGAUUCCAAAAAGAAGCUCGAGCUUUCUUCAAGAGACCACCGUUAGAGAUUCGACGUAAUUUCCCGUACGUAUACUCACUUGAUAAGCAAAUAUGUGCUAUUUCGUCGCGGAAACAAAUAGUGUCUCAAAAUUUGCUGUCUGUAAAUAAUCGACGACUUUUACUACUAACUUCUCGUGCUACAUUUAUUUCAUACAUUUUAGCCUAUAGAACUUGUACAGUACAAUAAAAGUUACAAAUAAUUGAA